AUUUAUCGCCUAAAAUAAUUGCGUAGAAUUUACGUUAAUUUAUGCUGUAAAUAAGCAUAUCGAAUCAUUGUAGUAAAAUAAACCUAAACGAUUAAAGAUUGUACCAUGAUGGAAGUGGUCGAUGCUAAGUUGCUAUUAAAAUUGAUUAUAUCCGUUCUUUAUGUAUCCGUUGUUGAUUCAGUGUCCUCCAAAUGCGAGACUCCUCUCAACAGCAGCGACUGCGGGCUGCCCUCUACUGUCGUAUACACGUACCACAGCCCUAGUUACUUCUGCUACCCGGCCAUAUGGCGGGGGUGUCCGACCAACAACAAGUUCGACAACGAGGACGAGUGCUGGAAAUCCUGUGUUAUGCAUUUUGAAGUAACUGAGCCUAUGCCGAAGGAAAUAGAUGCUACUGCUAAUAGUAAAGUGCAGGAAAACAACACUAAAAGUCAGUCAGUAAAAAUCGAGCGAUGUGAUGUCCCCCUCAACACCAGUCGUUGCACUAAAAAGAUAAAGUUAGUUUACACAUUCAGCGAUGUAAUAAAAUCCUGCGUAAUGGCAUUGUGGGCAGGAUGUCCUACUGAAAACAUGUUUCCUGACUUCACGUCGUGUCAGUAUAACUGUCAAGAAAAGAAGGACAAUAAACUGAAACAAAUAGAUAAUUCCAACAUACAACAAGCUCCGAAUUUUCUUCAGAUUAACAAAUCCAAUGCACCGAAUGAAGAAAAUAAACUGGUACAAAAGGAUGAAUCCAAAGUGCAAAAAGUUCCAAUUGAUCUUAAGAAUUUGAUGAAGAAACCUGGUGCAUCAAAUGAAGAUAUUCAAAUUAAACAAAAUUAUAAAUCCAACGUACAGAACGCGUCAAAUGUCCCGAAGAAGUUGAUUAAGAAAAUUGAUGCGCUAAAUAAAGAAAAUAAACUGGAUGAACAGGAUGUAUUCAAGGUGUCCUCCAAAUGCCAGACUCCUCUCAAUAGCAGCGACUGCGGGCUGCCCUCUACUGUCGUAUACACGUACUACAGCCCCAGUUACUUCUGCUACCCGGCCAUAUGGCGGGGGUGUCCGACCAACAACAAGUUCGACAACGAGGACGAGUGCUGGAACUCCUGUGUUAUGCAUUUUGAAGUAACUGAGCCUAUGCCGAAGGAAAUGGGUGCUAUUGCUAGCAAAGUGCAGGUAAAAAACAACACGAAAAGUCAGUCAGUAAAAAUCGACCGAUGUGAUGUCCCCCUCAACACCAGUCGUUGCACUGAACAGAUGAAGUUAGUUUACACAUUCAGCGAUGUAAUAAAAUCCUGCGUAAUGGCAUUGUGGUCAGGAUGUCCUACUGAAAACAUGUUUCCUGACUUCACGUCGUGUCAGGAUAACUGUCAAGAAAAGGACAAUAAACUGAAACAAAACAAUAAUUCCAACAUACAACUAGUUUCGAAUGAUCUUCAUUUGGUGACGAAGAACAUUCACACACCGAAUAAAGAUAAUAACCUGGUAAAAAAGGAUGAAUCAAAGAUGCAAGAAGUUCCGAUUGAUCUUAUGAAUUUGAUGAAGAAACCUGAUGCAUCAAAUGAAGAAAUUAAAAUUAAACAAAAUUAUACAUCCAAGGUACAAAAAGCGUCGAAUGUGCCGAAGAAGUUGAUUAAGAAAAUUAAUGUGCUGAAUAAAGAAUAUAAACUGGAUGAAAAGGAUAUAUUCAAGGUGUCCUCCAAAUGCCAGACUCCUCUCAACAGCAGCGACUGCGGACUGCCCUCUACUAUCGUAUACACGUACUACAGCCCCAGUUCCUUCUGCUACCCGGCCAUAUGGCGGGGGUGUCCGACCAACAACAAGUUCGAGAAUGAGGACGAGUGCUGGAAUUCCUGUGUUAUGCAUUUUGGAGUAAAUGAGACCAUGCCGAAGGAAAUAGAUGCUAUUGCUAGUAAAGUGCAGGUAAAAAACAACACGAAAAGUCAGUCAGUAAAAAUCGACCGAUGUGAUGUCCCCCUCAACACCAGUCGUUGCACUGAACAGAUGAAGUUAGUUUACACAUUCAGCAAUGUAAUAAAAUCCUGCGUAAUGGCAUUGUGGUCAGGAUGUCCUACUGAAAACAUGUUUCCUGACUUCACGUCGUGUCAGGAUAACUGUCAAGAAAAGAAGGACAAUCAACUGAAACAAAAAGAUAAUUCCAACAUACAACUAGUUUCGAAUGUUCUUCAUUUGGUGAUGAAGAACAUUCACACACCGAAUAAUGAAAAUAAACUGGUACAAAAGGAUGAAUCUAAGAUGCAAGAAGUUCCGAUUGAUCUUAUGAAUUUGAUGAAGAAAGCCGAUGCACCAAAUGAAGGAAAUAAAAUUGAACAAAAUGAGAAAUCCAAGGUACAAAAACCUUCGAAUGUCCCGAAGAAGUUGAUUAAGAAAAUUAACGCACUGAAUAAAGAAAAUAAACUGGACGAAACGGAUAUAUACAACGUAAAAAUACUUCCAAAAGUUUUUAAGAAGUUGAUCGAGAAAAUGGAAGCAUUGAAAAAAGAAAAGAAAUCUGGUAAAAACAUUGAUUUGGACGCGAAAGCCUACUUUAUAUAUAAACUUGUAAAAGCUAAUAUGGAUUUGGAUGCACGCACUAAACAUAGAGACAUUGAAUUGAUGUUACUGGACGAAUAUUUGUUUUAGAAAAUAAACAAACACUGGUCUGAUUACUAGGCCAAUCAUAUUUAGAUCCAAAAAAAAUGUUUUAAGAAACCCAGCAUGCUGAAAAUCGUUUUAAUGCCUUUUUUGGUCCUAAAUGCGUGUAAUCCUAGUUUGCUCAAUCCAGGAGGUGCGCAUACAUUUUGGGAGCCUUGGAAAAUACAUUUUUCCUGGCUGCUAAUGGAUUGCUAAGCCACUCGAUUAAGAAGGAACCUACCAUCAAUUACAAUGUAGUGACACACCAGCAAGGUUUAGCGGAUCAGAGAUUAGAGAUUAAUUCUUCAAAAAAUCUAAUUUGAUUGGCCUACACGUUAAAUGAAAAAUACACACAUUAA